AUGCUGGAGCCGCCGGCAAACGGUUCGGGAACCUCGGGGUCCCCGACCCCCUCGGAACAACAAUACUCCUUAAGAUGGAACGAUUUUCACAGUUCGAUUCUGUCAUCUUUCCGAAGACUGAGAGACGAGGAAGACUUCGUUGAUGUGACGUUGGCCUGCGAAGGGUGCUCGUUUACGGCCCACAAAGUGGUGCUGAGCGCGUGCAGUCCCUACUUCAGGAGGUUGCUGAAGGCCAACCCUUGCGAACACCCGAUAGUGAUAUUGAGGGAUGUCCGGGGGGAGGAUAUGGAAAGCCUGCUCAGGUUCAUGUAUCACGGUGAAGUGCACAUCGGCCAUGAACAACUACCUGAUUUCCUCAAAACCGCACAACUUCUACAAGUCCGUGGCCUGGCGGACGUACCCUCUGCUGGUAUGCCCGGCAGUUUAGCCAACAUGGUGCCCACCAUGGGUGGAACAUCUUUGCCCAUCACGCCGAUAACUGAAUUAAAGACGUCACCGCAAUCCGCAAGUGCUCCAAUGCCAUGGGAAUUAAAAAAAGAAGAAAGGCCAGAAAGAAAUGAAUCUAGAGAUGACAGGGACCGAGAAUCAUCAUUAUCCGCCAAUAAACCACAAAGGCCUCCCCCGCCAACUUCAGCAUCAUCUACCAGCUCGCAAAGAGUUCACCAAAGCAGGUCUUUAGGAACUCCUCCACCUGGCAAAAGAGCAAGAAGUUCGGAUCUGUACCGUGCCCAAAUGAGAGCCGCUGGUCUUAGUCCUGAUAGAGUAGUCCGAAGGCUGGUGGAAAAUGGAUUGGAUAUGCGCGAAAGCUUAUUAGGACAGGUGCUGGAAGGCGGACCGACGUUGCAUGUAAGAUCGGAAUCUUCUCUUCAACAUCAAGGAAGCACAGGUGAGGACAGUAACAGCAGCGAUACUGAAGAACCCAAUGAUAUGGCAAGAGAUGAUCGGGACGAAAGAGAUUAUGAGUCGAGGUUACAAUCCAAUGGUGCUGCCUUAUUAGGAGAUGCUGCUCGGGGUGGUUCCGGAUCUUUUCCUGGAGCGUUGCUGGGACUACAAGGACUUUUACCUGGACCUUCUGGUUUACAUGGAGCUGGUGAUAAUUUCGAUAUUCUACGUGUAAGAGCAACCGAUCCUAGACCAUGCCCCAAAUGCGGAAAAAUAUACCGAUCAGCCCACACCCUGCGCACACAUCUCGAAGACAAACAUACAGUCUGUCCAGGUUACCGUUGUGUUCUUUGCGGAACAGUUGCCAAAAGUCGCAAUUCUUUGCACUCGCACAUGUCCAGACAACAUCGAGGAAUAUCUACUAAGGAUUUACCCGUUUUACCGAUGCCUAGCCCGUUUGACCCAGAACUUGCAAGCAGGUUACUAGCUAAAGCCGGCGUGAAGAUUUCUGCUGCCGAAUUACGAGCAAGGGCAUCUCCUACUGGGCCUAGAAGAAGUGACGUCAAACUAGAAAUUCGCGGCCAAGAUUCGGACGCUGGUGGAUCCAUGUGUGGGGACAACGAUCCGGAAGAUCUGACCGUAGUCAAUCCAGGAAUGACGCCGCAUCGGUAUAUGCACGACGUGAUGACUUCAUCACCGGGCGGCUUCAACCAUCAUCCAAACAACACAACUAUCACAAAAGUCAACAUGGCUCGGGGUCCUCAUUCUGGAUUAACGCCCAAAACUAUGGACGGGAUGUACAAAGAUCCUUACAGCUCACAUCCUGGACCACCAGGAGCAACAGCUACAGGAUCAGCCAUCCUGGAUACAUAUCUGCAAUUCAUAACAGAAAAUUCUUUCGGAAUGGGUAUGACUCAAGAACAAGCUGCAGCAGCAAUGCAUGCUGCUAAAAUGGCUCAACUAAGUGCGAUGGGACUGGACAAACUUCCUCAUAAUUCCCCAUAUGAUUAUAAAGCAGAAUUUGAACAUAAGGCUAUGAUGGAAGCAAAGCACUCUUCUGAAAAUGACAUAAGACGAGACGAACCUAUGGAUUUAGGAAUGGAAGUAUCUCGAGAAAAUCAAAAUAAUUCCCAGGACAAUAUGGGCAGUUCUGAUGAUGAAGCAAAUUAUUCCGAUGAAGAUGUUCGUGACGGUGAUUGA